CGUUGGAGUAUUUUGUUAAGUACUAAUUUGGAUGCUUGAGCACCGUUAGCAGUAGAUUAAAGUGAUUCUCAUUAUGGGUAGUUGGCACUUGGCAUUAUUGUUCUCCAAGUGCAUUUAUGGCAUAGAGCAGAGUCGGCACCUAAUAAACUGAUGUCACAUCUACCCUUUACAAACAAACAACGAACAAUGGCGGUGCUUGGAAUCUCCCCUAUUGUUUGUUCCUUUUCUUUCUACAAAAUUUCUCAUUUCCAAACUCAAAAUUAUGUGUGUACUGUGCCUUCCAUUCGGAGGAGAUGGAAUUGUGUAGCCAAUGACUUGCCCCGCUCUUCUUCUCCACUGCAGCUUCCCAUUUUAUCAUCUAAGGAGUUGCUGGAGCGGUUGUUAAAUAAACAGGACUUGAAUGAAGCAGAAGCAGAGGCAUCGCUGGAUUUCUUGCUAAAAGAUGGCAGUGAAGCUCUCAUUAGCGCUUUUCUUGUUCUCUUAAGAGCCAAAGGCGAAACCUCUCAAGAAGUUGUAGGACUGGCAAGAUCAAUGAUCAAAUGUUGCAGAAAGGUUGAAGGGUUAAGUGACUCUGUGGACAUAGUUGGAACAGGGGGAGAUGGGGCCAAUACGGUGAAUAUUUCAACGGGAGCAGCUAUUCUAGCUGCAGCUUGUGGUGCUAAAGUUGCUAAGCAAGGGAAUAGGUCGAGUUCUUCUGCUUGUGGAAGUGCUGAUGUUUUGGAAGCCCUUGGAGUCACCGUUGAGUUAAAGCCUCAGCGGGUGAAGAAAUGCGUGGAAGAAGUUGGGAUAGCUUUCAUGAUGUCCCCAUACUACCAUCCAGCAAUGAGGAUAGUCACACCUAUGAGGAAGAAGCUCCGAGUGAACACUAUAUUUAAUAUCCUAGGCCCUUUGCUCAACCCUGCUUGGGUACCUUUUGCUGUUGUUGGAGUAUACAAACAAGAUUUAGUAAGCAAGAUGGCCAAAGCACUACAAAGUUAUGGCAUGAAGAGAGCGUUAGUUGUUCAUUCUGAAGGUUUAGACGAAAUGAGUCCUCUUGGACCUGGAACGUUACUUGAUGUUACACCUGAAAAGAUAGAGAACUUCUCUUUUGACCCACUUGAUUUUGGUAUACCUCGCUGCACUUUAAGGGACCUGCAAGGGGGAGGGCCAGAGUAUAACGCUGAGGUACUAAGGAGUGUGCUUUCGGGUGAGAGGGGGCCAAUUGCGGAUGCAUUGGGUCAUCACUCAUCAGCUAGUAGAUGGGAAGUUACUGAAGCAAAAUUCUACUGAUGUACUGACAGUAUCAAGAAUUUUUACGCUCUAACUGGAUAUUUUAGGUUACCAUAUCAGACUUGCUAUGAUUACCUGUUCAGGGAACAGAAUAAGGUGGCAGACCUAUUAGCAAAAGGAGCAAAAAAUAACCUUUUGGAAGAUUGCACAUGCUAGUAGUUCCCUCCGGUGUUUGUGAAUGAAGUUUUUCGGGUAGACAUCCUGGGAACAACAUAUGAUAGACAAACUCUGGUCUAUAAUAGUAUUAGCACAAUGGCUCAGUACUGUGUUUUGAAUGGGAGCAUAAACCCUUCCCAAAUUUGUACUAACUAGACAGUUGUUAUUACUAUAUAAAAUAUCCAGUUAACCAAAAAAAAAAAAAAGAAGAGAUUACCUAUUAUUGUGAAUCAGCUUAAAGCUGAUUUUCUCUAUACACUGUCAAUGUAUAGUACUUGAACUCUUACUGAUCACAUCAAGCCUCUGU